AUGAAAGUGGCCAUGGACAAAGACUUGGGCAAGCAACUGAGAAAUGGCCCAACUUAUUUUUCAAACUUCACAUGGGCAACUGUUUGGGAGAGCUCCAAACCAUUUGAAGGUUGGCCGACGGGAACCCCCCUCAAAAUGGAUCCCGUCACAGCUAAAGAGGCCCUAUCAAAGAAAGCAUCAUUUACUGCCGUGAAAUCUAACCACUCAAGUUCGGCGAAAGGCAAAUUUGAUUGGUAUCAUUUGUUCAAGGCAUUAGAACCAAAAUUGAAGGGCCAUUGGAAGAAAAUCGUAAUAUAUGAUACGUUGCUCCUAUGUGCGGGAAUCCCCUUUCCUUGCGACCGAUCUCUCGUCAUUGCAAUGCUAUGA